UGUAAAUAAAAGAACACUCAGGUUGGCAGCUCUAAAAUGACACGAGUUGGCAAACGAAAAGUGGCAGCACCUCGUGCCAAAAAUAUCGAAUACGGAAAAUAAACAAUUCCAUCAGCUGCACGUGUAGUCGUCGUUGCACAUUUAAUAACAAAACAGUUUACUGCAAAGGAAUUUGGCAUAAUUCUAAAUAAUUUAGCAACAUGGAACAGUCACCAGAUACAGAGCCAAAUAUUUUAAUAACAGGCACUCCUGGAGCUGGCAAAUCAUACCUGUGCGAACGCCUGGCCGAACAACUGAAAUUCAACUGGCUGGACUGCUCGAAAAUUGCCAAGGACAAUAACUUUGUGGAGGAGCACGACGAUGAGUUCGACUGUCCCAUUCUGGAUGAGGAAAAGCUAAUGGAUCACCUGGAACCCCUGAUGGCGAAGGGCGGCAACAUUGUGGAGUAUCACGGCUGUGAUUUUUUCCCAGAACGCUGGUUCGAGGCCGUUUUCGUGGUCACCUGCCCCAACACCGUAUUGUACGAUCGCCUUAAGGAUCGCAACUACAACGAAAGGAAGCUCACAUCAAACAUUGAGUGUGAAAUAUUUGGAACCAUUCUGGAAGAGGCCUAUGAUUCCUACAAAGAGGAUAAGGUCUUCAAGCUCUCCGGUGAAACAAAGGCGGAUGCCGACAAAAGCCUGAAGACAGUGAAGAAUUGGUAUCGAAUGUACAAAAGAAAAUAAAGGCUUUGUAAAAUAGAAGGUAAAAUCUUGGCUGAUAUAUUUGUUAA